UGCUUUGUAGUCCGGAAGUACUGCAUUCGCUGUUUUGUUGUGGUAGAACAGUACAACGAUUUUUGCGUUCUAAUCCAAUGACAGUCGGCGAAUGAAUCGGACACGAGCGCUGUUCACGGCUGGUUUUUGCACGCGCUUGGUUGUUACUGACAUGAGGAGAAAUAAUUCAAGGCAGGAUGGAAGAUGAAGGGUUGCUGAAGUGGACCGUUAUUGUUCUCACAUGUCAACAUAAAGAUAGUGUUUAUGCCUUCCAGAGAGAGUUGGAGGUGCGUCAGAAGCGCGGUGUUCUUCCGGCUGAUGCCUUGCUGCUGACGGUUCCUGACCCAAACGCCCGGCUGGGCAGCGGCGGGGCCACACUGAACGCCCUGCUCGUGGCUGCAGAACACCUGAGCGCAAGAGCUGGAUACAGUGUGGUGAACGCAGAUGUUCUGGAUGAAGCUCAUAUUCUCAUCCUUCACACGGGCAGAGAUUUCCCAUGGGACGGCUGCAGCAGGGCUUUCUGCUGGAUGCCCGUACAGAGAUCAGAUGCCGUAGAAGGACCUGUGUGCUGCUUAGACCUGCUGUUGGAUUGUCUGUCCACAAAAAUUUGCCCCGGAUCUCCUCCAGGUGUUUGGGUGUGUGGCACAGAUAUGAUCCUGGAUAUUCCAACACGAAAGCUGUUUUCAUGGGACGGGUUCUCUGGGGUUCAGGUUGUGGCGUUGCCAGGUGACGCUGGUUUUGCUCUUAAUCACGGCGUAUAUCUCACAGAUGCAGAGAACAGAGUAUGUAACAUUAUCUAUAAGGGCUCAAUGGAGAAGAUCAGCCUUGCCGCACUCCCUGAUGGGAAAGUACCCCUGGUGUCUGGGCCGGUGUUUUUCUCUAGGGCUGUUGCAGAGAAACUCCUGCAGACUCAUGUUACGUCACCGCUGGACGGCUGUACUUAUCUCGGCAUGGAUUCAGGAGCUCCACCGCUUGAGAUAUCUCUCUUUCUGGAUAUUCUGGUGUGCCUUUGCUCUGACCUGACAGAGCAUGAGUUCAUCAACGGAGAGAGAGCAGGCUGCAGCUCGUCCUCCGGGCCUCAGGGGGCAGCAGUGAGGAGCGGCCGCGCCGUACUAUGGAGGACGCUUAGAGGAGCCUCUAUUUCUAUGUUGUACAUUCCUGAGGGCCGCUAUGAUUAUUUGACUCAGUCGGGCCGAGAACAUGUCGUCCGUCUAACAGAAUCUGGAUCAGAGACAAUGAUUCUGUCUCACAUUCAGGAAGUGGAGUCUGUGGCAGUAGGCAGCAGGGUGAUUAAUAGCGUGUUGGAAGAAGAUGUUCGUGUAUCAGCAGGAGCUGUAGUGCAGCACUGCCACCUACAGGGUCCAGUCCAGGUGCAUUCUGGGUGCCUGCUGUCAGGGCUUGAUUUGACCUCAUCGUCCUGCAUCCAACGUUUACCUCUAUCCAGCGACAUCAUGGUUCAGGGUCAUCGAGUGAUGCUUGGAGAGUUAAAGUUAACUGUGUACACAGCUUUUGGAGCUCAUGAUCAAUUAGAGGCUCAUGCUGAUGAUGUUACAGCUUCAUUCCUUAAUCAAAAAUGGAGUGAGUUUUACAGUCGGACUGGAAUACAGCCUCUGGACCUAUGGGGACCUGAGAAGACCGAGUCAUGCUGUCUGCUGGACGCCCGAUUGUUCCCAGUGUUCAUGCCCCGUUCAGGACCCGUUGGACUGGAGGGUGUUUGUUGGCUUCUGGGCGGCACUGGUGUGCGGGACCGCUGGAAGGAAGCCUGGAGACUCUCGCUUAGGGACAUUGUGAUCCUGACGGACCAGCAGACGGAGCUGCGCUGGAGAGAGGAGUUAUUCUUUAGCGUGGGUCGACGAAGAGCCGCUGACGCUCUACAAGGCCACACAGAUCUCAAUCUACUGCCGUUCUUCAGAGCAGCAGCGCUGGCCGGCCAGCAGGAGGCGCUACUACAGGCGCUAGAUUCGGUUGCUGCAAACAGCAGUGGUGAUCUGGGAGUCGCGGCUCGUAGUCUGGCCUGUAUCGCAGAUGUUCUUGGCUGUCUGGCGGGCGAGGGGAAAGGCGGUUUACGCAGCGGACCAGCGGCCAAUCCAUCAUGGGCUCCUGCUUUUAAACUCCUAGAGGACGGAAACUUACCCGCUGGUGUCCAAGAACUGGCUAAACAAAGAAAGCACUGGCUCAGCAGGCCAGAUUUGUUGGUGCGAGCCGCCAGGCAUUAUGAGGGGGCGGGACAGAUCCUGCUGCGGAAGGCAGUGAUGUCAGCGCGCCAGUUUGUGUUCAUUGGUCGAGGAGAGAUGCCGCCGAUGGGCGAGUGGCAGGAAGUGGAGUGUCCCGCCAGACUGGAUCUGUCAGGCGGCUGGAGUGACACUCCUCCUAUUGCGUUUGAACACGGUGGGCUGGUGGUCAAUGUGGCCGUCAAGGUGGAUGGAAAACGUCCGAUUGGAGCUCGAGUUCGACGCAUUGCAGAGCCUCAUCUGCUGUUGGUCAGUGCCAGCGGUGACCCGUCCUGCAGCUUCUCCACAGAAACACUCUGUGAGGAUCUCACUGACCUGGAGGACUAUUGCCAACCACACGCUCCAGGUGCCCUGCUGAAAGCCGUGUGUGUGUGCAGUGAGCUGGUGUGUGUGUCGUCCGCUGUCUCUCUGAAAGAGCAGUUGUUGCAGCGCUGGGGAGGCGGACUGGAGAUCCACAGCUGGUCGUCACUGCCACACGGUUCUGGUCUCGGCACCAGCAGUAUUCUGGCAGGUGCAGCUCUAGCAGCAGUUUACAGAAGUACGGGACGAAGCUUCGACACAAACUCUCUCAUUCAUGAUGUUCUUUACCUGGAGCAGAUCCUCACCACCGGUGGUGGAUGGCAGGAUCAGGUCGGCGGGCUGUUUGGAGGAGUGAAGCUGGCUCGAUCUGCCGCUCAGUUACCGCUGAGAGUGGAAGUAGAACAGCUCUCUCUUCCUCAACACUUCCCGUCUGUCCUGCAGCAGCAUCUUCUUCUGGUUUACACUGGAAAGACGCGUUUAGCACGGAACCUUCUGCAGGACGUGGUGCGGAGCUGGUAUGCGCGUUUACCCUCCAUCGUACGGAACGCAGAGCAGCUGGUGACCAAUGCAGAGGAGUGUGCUGAAGCCUGCAGAGAGGGAUCUCUCCUCAGGUUGGGGGAGUGUAUGGACACAUACUGGCAGCAGAAGAAGCUGAUGGCUCCAGGCUGUGAGCCGGCGGCAGUGAGAUCCAUGAUGAACGCUCUUCGGCCGCUGAGUUUAGGACAGAGUCUGGCAGGAGCAGGAGGAGGAGGAUUCCUGUUCUUACUCACCCGUGAGCCUCAGCAGAAGACACCAGUGACCGAGAUUCUCACAAACAUACAGGGCAUUAAUUCCUUCAGUGUUCAUUCAGUGGAGCUGGAUAUGGACGGGAUCUCAGUCAUUCAGAAGAGCUCUGAACAUCCUGAACAACAGCAGACGACUUACAUCUGACUGCCUAAUAACAAUUAAACUGAUAUUAUUUAUGUAAAUAUAACAUUUAUAAACAUUUGUUUCAUAAACACUCACCUAAAGGAUUA